AUGUCAGAUAACGUCGGUCUCUCCACGCCUCGUGGCAGUGGAACCUCAGGCUAUGUCCAGCGAAAUCUCGCCCAUAUCAAGCCGCGCGACUAUGGCGCUCCGUACCCCAAGGAUCUAGAUAGUCUGAGGCACAAGCAGCGCCAACCGGAUAAGGCCAUCCUGGAACAUGACCGAAAGCGGGAAGUAGAGGUGAAAGUAUUCGAACUGCGAGACAAGCUUGAGGAAGAGGAGGUCGACGAGGAUGAGAUUGAGGAUCGGUGCGACGCAUUGCGCAAGAAGCUAUUGGCCGAGAUGAAUUCUGGGAGGAGGGGUGCUGGCCCCCGGAGGCCUUUCAAGGAACACCAAGUACACGAGAUGGCCGAUGCGAAGAUCAAGGAGAGCGAGCGCCUGCGAAAAGCCUUGGGAAUCAGCUCCGACUACCAAGAGGGGAGCCACUGGAAGAAACAGGAAGAGAGACUACGGUCCGCUCUGGAGCAGGAGGCUGCAGCACAGGAGGACAGCAAGGACAAGGACUAA